GAAGGUAUGGAGCUGUCACAUGAGGUGUCUUGCUGUAAUAUUCCCUGUUUGGACACUUCCUCAUAGCACUCUGAGUGUGACGGUCCCUGAUCGGUGACAGCGGGAGCUCAGUGUGCGAGAGGGGGGCUGUCACCAUGAGCCUCAUGGCCAACAAUCUCAGGGCUUUCCUGGACAGAGUCAGCGCAGCCAAAGGCACCGACUACCAGGAGAUUCUCACAAAGGAGUUCCAGGAUAUAAAGACUCAGGCUGCAGCAUUCAAACAGAGCACUGAUUAUUCCACCAAAGUUGGAGAAAGUCUAGAAAACCUGAAGAAAAAUCGAUAUAAAGAUAUUUUGCCAUAUGACCAGACUCGAGUCCCUGUGACGCUGUUGGCAGAAGAUGUCGGAUCGGAUUAUAUAAACGCCAGCUUUAUCCAGGGAUGGGACAAUAGGCCACGGUAUAUUGCCACCCAGGGACCUCUGGGUCACACGGUACUGGACUUUUGGAGAAUGAUUUGGCAAUAUAACGUCAAGGUAAUAGUGAUGGCCUGCCGAGAGGUGGAGCAUGGGAAGAAAAAGUGUGAGCGUUACUGGUCUCUGGACGAGGGGCCUGCACAGUUUGGGCCAUUCUCCAUCUGCACGGCAGAGACGAUUCAAGUGAAUGCAGAGGUUGUGUGCCGAAAUCUCCAUGUCACAUUCCAGGAUGAGCUGCGGGAGCUCCAGCAGUUUCAGUACGUGGCAUGGCCUGAUCGUGGAAUUCCAGACUCCUACACCUGUUUCCUAGAGAUGAUCCAACUGGUACGCCAGUAUCAGGGAGAGACAUGCGUGCCAAUGUGUGUGCACUGCAGUGCAGGGUGUGGACGCACCGGGGUGAUCUGUACAGUUGAAUAUAUCCAGAGUCUUCUGCAACAACAGAGGGUUCCAAGUGAUUUCAGUAUUUAUUCUGUUGUGAUGGAAAUAAGACGUCAGAGGCCAUCAGCCGUGCAGACUAAGGAACAGUAUGACUUUCUGUAUCACGCCAUCACUGAAAUGUUUGAAAAGCAGCUGAAGGUGAAUCCGAAUUAUGAGAAUCUGACCUCGAAUCGAGCUCCGUUCUAUGACGAUGCCUGCAGCUCAGUGAGCCAGCCACGCACAGUGACCAAUCCACAGCAGGUGCUCAGAUCAAGCUUCUCUCUGCCCCUGGACCAUCAGUCUCCAGUACACCCUGUGCAUUCGGCCAUGAGCGAAACAUACGCCGUGAUACGCCGUCCCACAGCUGCUGUGAGCCCCCCUGUGCCCCAAGCCCCCCGUGCUGCCUUGACCACAGAAUAUGAUAAUAUCAACCAGUGCAUGACCCCCCCAGAACUGAGCAAUCCUGUGUACAGCAUUGUGGUGCCCAAGUCUAACCGGGCCUCAGCUCUUGUUUUGACUCCAUCUACAGCGUCCAUCUCAUCGUCCUAUGCGUAUGCUGAAAUGCCGAGUUCAGCAGAGGUUACUACAGCUGAAUACACCCACGUGGCAACACCCAGCACAGUGGACACAAACACGUAUUCCAAUACCACGAAUUCUAAAAAUGAAAACAAAUGGUGGCCGCAUGCUCAGAACGAAUUCCCUGCCGUUCCCGGUAAAAAACCCUCUCGGGAUGAUUAUGAGGACGUGAAUGACCCGUCCAAGAGGAUUCCGGCUGGGACAUCUGGGGGACUAGGAUUUAACUGCCGCAUUGCGAAGCCCAAGGGACCCAGAGACCCUCCUGCGGAGUGGAGCCGCUAGUUACCAGCAGAUGGAAAACUGAAUCGAAGAGCCCUGGAAUCAUCCAACUAACAAAUUCGAGACCAGUCCCCAUCCUGAACCACAGACAGUCCAACAGCCAACUACAAGCCGACCUUCAAUAAGUCACAGAUUGUUAUUAAAUAGGCACGCUAGGUACCAUAACCACUACCGUGUGUUGUAGUUAUGGAGUCACGGUUGCCAUGGUUUGACAGUUAGCUUGAUGUGUUGGGUGCUCAGUCAUUCCAGUCUGAGCUGCUCUUAUAAAGCCAAGUAUUAACGACUUGACAGAAUACUGGUGAAUGGGAAAACCUGGCACUAUAACCACUACAGCUCACGGCAGAAGAUAAGGUGCCUUAAGUUUUUCUUUAAGGGUUAUUUGAAGAUGUACAGUGGAUGUGGGUUGCCUGCACAAUAUAGAUUGGGGAUGUGCAGUGUGUAAAUGACUUUUAUUCACAUUUAUGUGAAUAGA